AUGGGUUUCUCUCGAUCUAAGCAAGGGCAUGAUGCCAUCUGGGUGAUUGUGGAUCGAUUGACGAAGUCUGUACACUUUCUUUUGAUCAGGCAGACGGAUCCGAUGGAUAAGUUGGCACAGGUAUAUGUGAAGGAAAUUGUUAGAUUAUAUGACUUUGGAAGGGUAUUCAACAAGGCUUGGGUACGAAGUUGUAUUUCAGUACGGUUUUUCAUCCGCAGACUGAUUGAUAGUCUGAGAGGACUAUUCAGUUUCCAGUCCAGUAUUGGUAUAACACCUUGUGAAGCUUUGUAUGGCCGGAAGUGUAGAACGCCUUUGACUAUGACUAAGGUGGAAGAUAGACAAGUGAUGGGUUCAACUUUUGUGGAUGAAACUGUUAUGAAGAUUAAUCUAAUUAAAGAAAGAUUGAAAGCUCCACAAGAUAGACAACAUAAGUAUUACAAUCAGAAGCACAUAUUUAUGGAAUUUCAGGUUUGUGACUUUGUGUAUGUCAAAGUCAGUCUGAUGAAAGGUGUGAGCAGAUUUGGUAGAAUGAGUAAACUCAGUCCAAGAUAUGUCGGACCUUUUGAGAUUAUUGAAAGGAUUGGAAAGUCUGCUUAUAGAUUGUUAUUAUCCGAUCGGAUGUCUGAUGUGCAUAAUAUUUUUCACAUAUCCUCUUUGAGAAAGUGGAUAUCUGAUUCUGUUAAGAAAGUGUCUACUAAUGAGGUUGAGAUUCAGAAGAAUCUACAGUACAAAGAAGAACUUGAGAAAAUUUUGGCCUAUGAUUGGAAACACAGAACAGCACGAGAAGCGACUUACGAGAAGGAGUCGGACAUGAGGCAGUUAUAUCCGUAUUUGUUUUGA